AAUUCAGGGAACUGUAGAGCUUUUGACAUUAAUUUUAAAGGUUAUAAUUACGCCUAUAUUGUUCAGCUGUUUGUAAUAAAACUUCAUUUUAUGUGAUUAUUGAAUAAAUAUGACGGUAAAACCGAGAGAAAAGGCGGAAGGCGACGAUGAUCCUGUGGAAUCCAUGCUGAAGAAGGCUGGCUGCCUCGAUCUACAUUAUAAAGUUCAGGAGUGCAUAAACACGACGAAAGAUUGGAGAAAAUGUCAAACAGAAGUUAAUGAUUUUAAAGAUUGUAUCACAAAACAUAAGCAAGAAGAAAUGUCUCGGUUAAAGAGUUGAAUUGUUUAGUAAAAAAUUAGUUUUUUUUUAAUAUUUCCAAGAAUAAAUAUUACUUAGAGUGUAUGAACAUUAUUUAUAGUUAGUUAAGAAAUGUACAAAUAAAUUGUUUGGAAGUUUA